AACCCAAGACUCAAUGGCGUGGUUUUUGACCGGGUUGUUGUUUUUCUCCAUCACUGGGACUCUCACCGGUGCUGAGUGUCACUGUAACACCACUACUGCCUGUGCCGUGUUCCCCUCCACUCCCUGUAGCCAGGUCGGCGAUCCAGGCAGAUGUCAGGAAGGAUGGUUCGGUUCCUACUGCCAGAUACGAAAUAUUGCCUUAAGACGAAGUGCCACACAGAGCAGUACGUUCACUGAAAACAGUGACAGAACAGGGAAUACGGGUCACAGUUUCGGAGCCUGGUACGCCGUGGAUGGCAGAUCUACCACCGACUUCUAUAGUACACCACUGACAUGUACACAUACAUCAGCGGGAGUCCAAACAUGGACUGUGUACCUGAACAACUCAAACACAGACAAGAUACAACACGUCAAGCUGUAUCUUCGUCAGGACUACCAAGACAGAAACAAUGGUAUGAAGAUAUAUGUUGGUGAGCAGCUGUGCUUCCAGUGGUCAACGGACACCCACCCGUCUGCUGUAGCUGAUGUCAAAUGUCAACAAGCACUGACAGGAAACCUCACUAUACAGACAAGCACUUUUCUCACGCUUUGUGAGGUGCAGAUAUUUGUUUGUAGUGACGGCUGGUUUGGUGAGGACUGUGACAAACAGUGUCACUGUUCACUAAACACAGAAGUAUGUGACAAGUUCACUGGACAGUGUCUGAGUGGAUGUGCUUCAGGAUACAAAGGGACGGACUGCCAAAGCAGAUGUGGAAACUGCUUCAACGCUGCCCUGUGUGACAAGACUACAGGCAUCUGUCCUGGAGGAUGUGCAGCAGGGUGGCAAAGUGACAACUGUCUUCAACCGUGUGAGGACGGUUACUAUGGAGACUGCACCUCAAAGUGUGGAAACUGCCGCAAUGCUGCCUUUUGUGCCAAGACUACAGGCAUCUGUCCUGGAGGUUGUGCAGCAGGGUGGCUAACUGACACCUGUCUUCAACCGUGUCUGGAUGGAUGGUAUGGUAUGAACUGUGCCUCCCAGUGUGGAAACUGCAUUGAUGGUCAUGUGUGUAACAAGUCAACAGGCAUGUGCCCUGGAGGAUGUGCAGAAGGAUGGAUGACUGAUACCUGUGUUCACCCAUGUCCGAAUGGUUACUAUGGUCCGAACUGUGGCUUCCAGUGUGGCAACUGUGUGGAUGGGGAUGUUUGCAUCAAGACAAAUGGAACAUGUCCUGGAGGGUGUGCAGCGGGGUGGAUCAAUGACACGUGUCAUCAAGCAUGUCCAGAUGGCUACUACGGUACUGACUGCAUGUCCAAGUGUGGAAACUGUCUGGACAAAGAUGUAUGUAACAAGUCAAAGGGAACAUGUCCCAACGGAUGUGCAACAGGGUGGAGGAAUGACACGUGUCAUAACAUGUGUGAAGACGGGAAGUACGGCAGCGGUUGUACAUCAGAAUGUGGUCACUGCAAGAGCGGCACAGUAUGCGACAAAACUAACGGAAACUGCGGGAGUGGAUGUGAUGGAGGGUAUUCAAGUGCCCGUUGUGAGCGCACGUAUGUGCUUAUGUGUCUGUCGCCUACCGAUGAUAAAGAAGGAUCUAUGGCUGGAAUAAUUGGAGGGACAGUUGCAGCUCUGCUGGCCAUCGCCAUCAUCAUAAUCGUCGGUUAUCAUCUUCAGGCGGCGGUAUGA